GAUUUAGCAGAGCAGCAGUAAAGUACAUUUUACAAAGUUCCUAAAAUGAUUAGAACUGGAGUGCAAAUCACGUCCAAACGUUGCAGCAGUUUGAUUUUUAGCUCAAGAUGGGUUUCGUCGACAUCGUCAAAUUUGAAGCAGCAACAACCCCCCGUCAAUAUGUCCUUCAUGGCAAAUUUGUUCCGAGGUGAAAUCCAGCCGUCACAAGUAUUUCCCUACCCGGAGGCAGCCGAUAAAGAACAAAGAGAGUACAUCCAAUCAAUGGCAGAUCCCGUGCAUCGAUUCUUAGCUGAACGGUAUGAUGCUGCUGAAAGCGAGAACCUCCACGGUCCAUCGACCGCCACAACCGAUGCGUUGUGGGAGAUGGGAUGCUACGGACUGAUGGCUCCAGAGGAAUACGGAGGACUGAAUCUGUCCAACACUGGCUACGCAACCAUGGGUAACGCCGUCGGUGGAGUAGAUUUGGGCUUGGCAGUGGUGCUUGGUGCCCACCAGAGUAUUGGAUGGAAAGGAAUUUUGCUGUACGGUACCGACGAGCAGAAAAGCAAAUAUCUGCCCAGGGUGGUAAACGAGAAGACUACGGCGGCAUUUGCGCUUACAGAACCAAGUUCGGGAUCAGAUGCUGGAUCCAUCAGAAGUAAAGCUGUCAAAAGUCCAUGCGGUAAGUUCUACACCCUAAACGGAUCCAAGCUUUGGAUCACGGGUGGUGGAAUAGCAAACAUAUUUACGGUGUUCGCCCAAACUGAGGUCACCGAUUCGCGCACUGGACAAAAGAAAGACAAAGUAACAGCGUUCAUAGUGGAACGGGACUUCGGUGGGCUUACGAGUGGGCCCCCGGAAGAUAAGAUGGGUAUUCGUUGUUCCAACACAACCGAAGUAUACUUCGAUGACGUGAAAAUUCCAGCGGAAAAUGUCCUCGGUGGGGAAGGAAAUGGAUUCAAGGUAGCGAUGAACAUUUUAAACAACGGAAGAUUCGGUAUGGCAGCUACACUUGCGGGAACAAUGCGAGCUUGCAUAGCCAAAGCGACGGACCACGCCAACUCUCGAGUUCAGUUUGGGAAGAAAAUUAAAGAGUAUGGCAACAUUCAGGAAAAACUGGCCCAAAUGGCUGUAUUACAAUACGUAGCUCAAACAAUGGCUUACAUGAUUGCCGGAAAUAUGGAUAACGGUUCGAAGGAUUAUCACCUGGAGGCGGCUAUUUCGAAAAUAUUUGCUUCGGAGGCCGCGUGGCACGUUUGCGAUGAAUCAAUUCAGAUCUUGGGUGGAAAUGGCUUCAUGAAAUCAACUGGACUUGAGAAAUUCCUGCGAGAUCUGAGGAUCUACAGAAUCUUUGAAGGAGCCAAUGAUGUCUUACGACUUUUCGUGGCACUAACCGGCAUCCAAUAUGCAGGAUCUCACUUAAAGGAAAUACAGGAAGCUUUCAAGAAUCCAACAGCCAACUUAGGCCUUAUAUUCAAGGAAGGAUCACGGCGAGCUGCUCGAACCAUCGGAGUUGGUGGAUGUGACUUGACUCAAUUUGUUGCCGAACCUUUGAAGGAGUCGGCAAAACAGUGCUCCGAAAGCAUAGAUUUGUUCUCGGUGGCAGUCGAAUCGUUGCUCAUCAAGUACGGUAAGCGAAUCGUAGACGAACAGUUCCUGCUGACUCGUCUAGCCGAUAGUGCAAUCGAUAUCUAUGCGAUGGCAACUGUACUAUCGCGAGCGACCCGUGCCGUGAGCAACAAACUACCAUCGGCGGAACACGAAGUUCUGAUGACGAAGGCUUGGUGUGUUGAGGCAAGCAACAGAGUCAACCAUAAUUUGAGACGCGUUAGAAAGCACCAACAUUUGGAAAACUAUAAGACGAUGUCUCUUAUUGCCAAUAAUAUAUGUGAUAACGGAGGAAUAGUACAAAAAUUACCGUUGGAAAUUGAUUGCGCAUGAAUAUUAACUUAACAUUAUUAAAGGAAUCCGUA